UCUUUGCUAAGCAGCUACGCGGGAGGGAGGUGGCCUCGCAUCAUCUCGCCUUGGGGACAGCCUAAGUUUUGGCACUUAAAAUGCAAAGAGGCUGAAGGGCCGCAAGCCUCGCAGCUAGUUACAUUGCCUUUUUCCAAGUUGGCUGCAGUUGAAGGCGGCGGAGGCGUCUGCUGAGGAGGAAGAGAGAUAGAGAGAGGCCGUGCGGGAAAGAUCAGCUGCCACCGUCCUUUGCAAGAUGUUGCACAGACGACGCGACCGUCCAGGGUUUCCCUGGCCCUGGGCUGCUUCUCUCCUGCUCCCUCCCUCUAAGAAGCUGCUGCCAGCAGGAACAGACCCUUGGGGGACCAGACUGACCCAUUUGUUCCUUUGGGAACUUCCAAAGUCACCCUCCCUUCGACCAAGAAGAGGAUCUGAGAAAUGGGGGCACCAUUGGAGGGACCAAGCUUACCACCAUGUGCCUGUGUCCAGUGUCCUGGCAUUAGCCGGCUGUCUCCUCCUCCUGUCUGCCUGCAUGCCGGCCAGGUGCUUACAAAAUAGCCUGAAUCCAAACAGUUCUUUAUGGGAUACAGAUUAUAAGGAGCUGUUUCAGAGGAUUCUCCCAGAGGCCUCUGAAUCUUCUAAAUUCAUGGACGCGCUCAGAAGUAACAGCCCGCUAAGUCGCGAGGAGCAAAUGCAGUUGUUAACAAGUCAGAACUUGACGGCGAAGAUGGAGGUUGAGCAAGGAACGUGUGAUCUGCUCCUGAAGUUUUCCCGAUAUGUCUUGGUGAAAGCUUUCGGGCCUAGCUUGGCGGCUGCUCUCGUUCAGCGCCAAAGCUGUGACCAUCCAGAUGACCCACCCCAAAUCCAGCUGAAUCCUCACAAACUCUUGCAUUCCAAAGUAAAGCCUUCGUUCUUACACUGGGUCCAUCGGCUGCUGAGAAAUGUGGGAGUGGUGGUUGAAAUGAAUCCCUCCAAGAUGCCCUCAAGGAACUGGAUGCUCGAAACAAAGAAACAUCUGGCUAAGCCUGAAGUGAAACAAAAUGGUAGGUGUGCAAAGAGAUUGUGCAUGUUCCUCUGCAGCAAGGAUGGGGGGCGGCUACUUUGUGAGGGGCCAUUGACUUUUGGGAAAACCACACAGAGACCAUCUUGGAUGGUGGGUGGAGCCACAGCUGGUGGGUGGGGCCAGAACCAAAACGGGCGGAGUUUGUAGCAUGAUA